AUGGAGACCCUGGAUGCCGGCAACAGGCAAAGCAUUGGCCUGCCGUCUAUCAACCACAUGGACGCCGAUAGAGUCAAGCGCGAAGAUGUCGAGUAUCAAAGAAAACAUUCUGCCGCCGCUGCUGCUACCAUGCCCAGCCCGUUGCACCCCUACGCGGGACCGCCGCAUCUGCACAGCAAUCACCAAUUGUCAGUCGCCAGCGCAGUACCCGGCUCGCUUGGAGGCCUACUGUCUCCUCCCGACUCACGCAGGACCUCUGGCGACGAGAAAGAGUCGCAGCGACCGACGGCCCGGCAAUCCCUGCCAUCGAUACAUGAAGCCCUAGGUUCGGAACAGCCGCUGCCAUUCCCAGCUACAGUUCCUCCACCUUCAGCCAUCACUUCAGCUCCUCAGCAUUAUCAUCCCCAAUCUGCUGCGGCUUCUCCCGCUGAACCACGGCCACGACACUUUCCAUCUGACCUACAGCACGCCAGCCAAGGACCGUCCAACCCAUUCACAUACCCAAGAAGUCCAUUUGUCGGGGCCCCAGCAUCACCCACAGUCUCCCGACAGCCGCCUCAGGUCCAGUCAGAAGCCCUGCCUCGUCCGCCCUUCUCAGAUCCACGGCCACCGUAUUCCACCCCCCAACACAACUCAAAACUACCUGCCCUUCACCCACUGAAGACCACGCAAUCCCCGCCACCGAGCGCAACUCGCCCCAGCGUCUCAUAUCCGUCAUAUCCGCCACCACCAGCCACCUACGAGAGCCCUGCUCCUCCAUCAGCGGGACCCAUGAACCAUCAUUAUCCCUACACGCAGUAUCCUCCUGGCUAUCCUUCAUCGGUUCCCUCAGCAAGUGCUCCUAACUCUGCUUACCCACCGGCAAGCUCAACUUACUCUGCCCCACCCCGUUACCCCCCACAAACGUGGCAGGACAACUCCGAUAUGGCUCGCUUGGAAGAGAAGAAGAUCGGCCGAUCAAGUCUAGCUCCAUACGGUGAGUCAGUCAAGCGCCAUCUAGAGAGUUUCGAUCUUGAGGCUUCCCUCAACGAGAUGGCCGACGGAUCCGGACGCAUUGCAGAGUUUUCGAAGAUCUACAGACAGCGCGCGCAUGAGAACCAGCGCAUUGGCAUGACACCACAAUCAAUGCCCCGGUUAGAAGAGGUCGACGAUAUGCUUAAGCAAAGUGAGAGGAUUCAGAUGUCCCUUCAGCGAAUGCGAGACGUUGUUUUCAAUCAUCAACAGGCGAGCAUUGUGGAGCCUCCUCAGGAUCCACGGUAUAGACCGAUGAAUGGCUACGAUGACAAUGCAAGCAACUAUGGUGACGACAACAAAGCCAUGGGCGGCUUUGCUGGCGGCGACAACAAGACUCGCAAACGAGGCCGAGCUGCGCCGCCAGGUCGAUGCCAUAGCUGUAAUAGAGCUGAGACUCCUGAGUGGCGAAGAGGGCCAGAUGGCGCCAGGACCUUGUGCAAUGCUUGCGGUCUACACUAUGCAAAGCUAACCCGCAAGAUGGGUGAACUUGGGGAUGGUGCCCUUGGAACGCCGCUUGACUGGCCAGAGGCCAAGAAAGUUGCUGGCCAGGUCAGGUCAUGGGGAAUUGAACAACUACUCGCUAUCUGGCGCAAUGCUAAAGGCAAGGAGAGGGAUGCACUUCUUUGGGGAGAUGAGAUCGAGUACUUGGUUGUUUGCUAUGACCAAGACAACCGCAAGGUCCGAUUGUCGCUCCGUCAGGCUGAUAUCCUAGCUGCGCUGGCCAACGACGAGAAGCUUCUGCAGCAGGGCGGCGGAGUGCCUGACUUGCAAACCGGAGACGCCGACGCGAAGGAGAACCCGGCACCAGUGUUCCAUCCCGAGUUCGGCAGAUUCAUGCUCGAAGCGACUCCUGGGAAGCCAUGGGGCAUUGGCUUCAAAGAUCUGCUCGACGUUGAACCAAACAUGAAAUGGAGACGAACCAUAGCGAAGGAUCACAUGGCACAGACCGAAUUUCCAAUCACAUUAACAACGUUCCCUCGUCUUGGAUCGGCCGAUUGUAUCGUACCAUCAUAUCCUGUUUCAGGACCCAAGCUGCGCUCCCAGUUCGUUCCGGAUGAAAUUGCCAAUCCACACAUUCGCUUUCCCACACUGGCAGCAAACAUUCGUUGGCGGAGGGGCCGGAAGGUUGAAGUAAACGUCCCAGUCUUCAAGGACGAGAACACGCCAUGGCCGUGGAAGGAUCCUACAGUUAACUAUGACAUGCACAAUUGGCCUGAAGAUGACGACGUGCGCAAUGGUGCUGCCAAGGCCAACUACAUCCACAUGGAUGCCAUGGCUUUUGGCAUGGGAAGCUGCUGUCUGCAGAUCACUUUCCAAGCAAAGAACAUUGAAGAGGGACGGAAGAUGUACGACCAGCUCAGUCCGAUAGCACCUAUCCUGCUAGCAUUGACGGCGGCGACCCCAAUCUACAAGGGCUUCCUGGCCGACACUGAUGUGCGGUGGAACCAGAUUAGCAGGGCGGUCGAUGAUCGUACGCCCGAAGAACUUGGGGAGAAGCCGCUCAAGAACGACCGAUGGCGACUACCCAAAUCUCGCUACGCAUCAAACUCAACCUACAUCUCCCAAGAUCCUCGCCUGCGCCCUGAGUAUCUUGAUCCGAAUCUCAUCAUUGACAGCGACAUCAAGCAGCGACUAGUCGAGGGUGGCAUGGACGAUCUCCUGGCGACACACUUUGCUCACCUGUUCAUCCGCGACCCCAUUGUCGUUUUCGCCGAAGAUCUUCAAGAGUUGGAUCUUACCAAGGCCGACCACUUCGAAAACCUGCAGUCGACCAAUUGGCAGCACAUGCGCUUCAAGCCACCGCCAGCUGGUUCCGAUAUGGGCUGGCGCGUCGAGUUCCGGCCCAUGGAGAUCCAAAUCACAGAUUUCGAAAAUGCAGCAUUUUCGAUCUUCAUUGUGCUCUUGACCCGUGCUAUUCUCUCGUUCAACCUCAACUUCUACAUCCCCAUCACGCUAGUGAGCGAGAACAUGGAAACAGCGCACAUUCGCGACGCUGUAUCAACACAGAAGUUCUGGUUCCGAAAGGACCCUUUCUCGGCACACAAGUCUGGCGGAACGGGUACGUCUACACCGGCUGGAAACGCUAGUCGCCCGGCGACACCCACUGGCCCAGUGGAAGACGAAUACGAGCAGAUGACUAUUAACGAAGUCAUCAACGGGAAAACUACGGCGGAUGGUAAUGGCUUCCCGGGUCUCAUUCCACUUGUUGAAUCCUACCUUAACAGCAUGAACGUCGAUGUCGAAACACGCUGCGAUCUUGCCACCUACCUGGACUUGAUCCGUAAACGCGCGAAUGGUACAUACUGGACUGCGGCCAAGUGGAUUAGGCAUUUUGUCCAAACGCAUCCAAAGUAUAAGAAAGAUAGCGUUGUUGGAGACGACAUUACAUACGAUCUCGUCAAGGCUGCGGAACAAAUUACACGUGAGGAAGGCAAGGAUGGUUUGGGUGUGGAGAUGCUGGGCAAGCGUCGUUGA